AUGGAGCGAGUAAAACGAUCGCAAUCGUCGGAUAAAGUAUAUCAUGACCAUUUGAAAAGAACAAAAUGCGAUGGUAUAGCUUUUGUUAUGAAUACGAAAUUUUGUUACCGUUCGUCUUUAGGUAAAUCCAGUGUAUUCGAACAAUUAUCUAACGAAAUUCUUUAUGAAAUAUUUGAAUAUCUCGAUCACUAUCAUGCAUUUCAAUGUUUCUAUGAUCUUAACCAGCGAUUUCGAAAUCUCUUCUAUUCGAAACUACCGAUUAAUACUCAUCUGCGGUCGAUAUCCAAAGCAGAAUUUCACUAUUAUCUGACGCAUACGAUUAUUCCCGACGCCGAUCGAAUUCAGUCUCUACAGAUUUCUCAUCCAUUCGUAGUUGAAUUGUUUUUAUCGUUAUCUUGUGUUAUGACGAAGUUCACUCGAUUGUCAAAAGUUGAUAUACAUAUGAUCUCGGUAGAUUCUAUUGAACAAAUAAUCGAUUGUUUAUCUUCCAUGUCUUUCCUUUCGUCAUUAACGCUUUCAUCGAUAGCCAAAGUGAAAAAUGUAAAUGAAAUUUGCUUUCGAAUAUUUCGCCUGUCUUCGUUAAAAUAUUGUUCCUUGUCGCUUCCAACACUUCGGAAAUCGGUAUCCGGAAGUAUUACCGAAGAUCCAACGAGUCCUAUCGAAUGUCUGAUCAUCAAAAGUGCUGUAUAUAUCGAACAAGUUUCUUAUUUUCUAUCAUUUCUUCCGAAACUACGUCGUUUAUCGAUCGAUCAUUUAACAGCCAUGCCUUCUCCUUUGGUCAUUUUGGAGAAUUCGCCGCCUCCUAUUUGCAGCAUUUACGAGUCUUACGAUGCUUAUAAUUGGGAACAGACGAUUCGAAACUCAAUGCCAUAUUUAGAAACCUUUGACCUUGAGUAUGUACAUCAUAUGCCUGUGAGCGAACGCGAGCAAGAUGAGUACCACGAAUCAAUAAGCAAAUUUUACGGAUCGUUUUGGAGGGAACAUGGAUGGUUUUUUGAACGUCAAGAUUAUCCACAGUUUGAGAUAGGCGUUUUUUAUUCAAGAAGUCUACACAAAAAGAGAUAUGAUUUAUUGUUCCACGAAUCGUUGAGAACCAGUUGGCCAUUGUCUUCGAAAAAUCCUAUGCAUCAUGUUUACUUUCGUAGUAUAGAGAUUAUGAAAGAAUCGACGAGCUAUUUUCCCAAUGCCACGCAUUUAACUUUAACAGAAUAUUUAAAUGUGAAUGAUCUUCAUGAGUUCCUUCCACUGCAACGGCUGAUCGAACUAACACUUACACCUUUGAAAUUUCCUUUCGAACAGUUGCUGAAAUUAUUACAAUUUGCACCAAAUCUGCAUAAAAUUACAUUAUCUUGUACUAUAUUUGAUCAAGUGGAAGAUAAUUUAAUUCAAUCCAAUGAAUUGUUCCAGAACGUAUCCAAAACAAACAUGAUUACAACAGUAAUUGUCCAUCGAACGAUAGUAAGAUGUAAACUUCCAGUGAUAACUACUCUUUUUUCUCGAACGAGGUAUCUCUCGUUGCAUUUACAUAAAGAAAUUCUUCGUCCAAUCAUCUUACACCUCUUACCGGCUUCGAAUAGCCGUAUUCCAUACUUAUCAACGUUGUGUCUGUCAUCUCAACAGAACAAUCUGAUGAAAUCAUUACAAACGAUCAUGAAAUCAACCAAUAUUCUUCCGGAGUAUGAAAUGAAAACGAUCGGUCGAAAUUUAGACCUGUAG